UGCUCACUCACUUUAGUAGCACCACAAUCCAGACAAAAACAGGGCUUUACACAGAGCUUUAAAGGAAGACAAACACAGAAAAGUGGCAAGUCACUGAAAAAUAAGAGUAGAGGCGGGGCUAUCAAAGCCCAGCAGAGUCAUAUAGUGAAAAAUCUCAAACAGGAGGCAAACACAGAGAGACCUAAGGCAGAACCAGGACUAUUCUCUGUAAGAAAACAACUCUUCACCACAAAAGUUUACCGUUUUUUCUACCUGGACAAUGACAGAGAAUGUAGAAGAUCAAGUCAACUUCUCUCAAACCUCUGGGUCUGAGCAACAGACACCGCAUUUUCUACGAGAUGUCAUCUUCCACGGCAAGUUUAAGCGGCUGAAGGCUCUAACUCCAGAGGAAAAUACCCGCUCCCAGCAUGGGCUCUUCUUCCAGGAUGGUCAACGGCGUGUUGACUACGUGCUCACCUAUGCCGUGAAGAAGUCGAGUGGAAGCCACUCCACUCGCCAGUCAGUGCAUCUCCUCACUGAGAAUGUUGUUACCCGCAGCUUCCGCCAUGGUCCUCAGAGUGGUGGCGAAAAGCUCCGAGCCAAGCAAACACAAAGGACGAAAGACUCAUCCUCCGUACAUUCAUCGACGGUUAUCGACAUGGAGUUGGGCUGUUCAGGAGAAAUCUUCAAUAGCCAGGAGGAUCAAAAGGCAUUCAGACGAGAGGAGUUUGAAGGAAAACUGAGAGACAUGGGGCUAGAGCUGGAAAAAGAUGAAGAUGGCAAGAUUCCAGGAGUGUACUUUGUGAAAAUACAUGCUCCCUGGAACGUUCUGUGUCGAGAAGCUGAAUUCAUGAAGUUAAAGAUGCCCACCAAAAAAGUCUAUGAGGUCAAGCAGUCAAACAGUAUUGUGGAGAAGAUCAGUACUCUGAUUAGUAAAAUUCUGGAGCCCCUCCACCCACAUGUUGAGGAACAUCAACCCAAGAACGUCAAACACCUGUCACACACGUUCUCUAGGGAAAAGCAACACCUAUUUGACCUAUCAGACAAAGAUUACUUCUUCGACAGCAAAACCAGGAGUUCAAUAGUAAGUAUCACCAGUCUCCUUGGUAGUGGGGUGUAUACUGCAGCUUAUCCUCUUCAUGAUGGAGACAUUGAUGAGGAGAGUGCAGACCCCAAUGACAGAAAGCUUUUAUAUGAGGAGUGGGCAAACUACGGCGUAUUCUACAAGUACCAGCCAAUCGGACUUGUGCGGAAGUAUUUUGGUGAGAAGAUUGGGCUGUACUUUGCUUGGCUAGGCCUGUAUACCCAGAUGCUAAUUCCUGCCUCACUAGUGGGGGUCAUUGUCUUUUUGUAUGGAUGUGCCACAGUUGAUGACAACAUUCCAAGCAUGGAGAUUUGUCAUCCAAGGAACAACAUCACCAUGUGUCCACUGUGUGACAGAGUAUGCAGCUACUGGAAACUUAGCACCGCCUGUGGGACUGCCCGGGCAAGUCAUCUCUUUGACAAUCCUGCCACAGUUUUCUUCUCUAUAUUCAUGGCUCUCUGGGCUGCCAUGUUCAUGGAGCAUUGGAAAAGGAGGCAGAUGAGACUCAACUAUGAAUGGGACCUUACAGGGUUCGAGGAUGAGGAAGAAGCUCUCAAGGAUCACCCCAGGGCUGAGUACGAAUUCAAAGUAAUGAAAAAGUCUCUAAGGAAACGUCAAAAGUCCCAGGACAAGAUAGAAAAGCUUACAUUUCAGGACCGUCUGCCUGCCUACAUGACUAACAUCGUCAUGAUGUUGUUAAUGAUUGGUGUUACAUUUGCCAUUGUGUUUGGUGUGAUCCUCUACCGCAUCUCCACCAAAGCUGCUCUUCAUAUGAGUUCCAGUCUGAUCACAAGGAACCAUGUGCAGCUGACAGUUAAAACCACUGCAGCCAUCAUCAACCUUGUGGUCAUCCUUAUACUGGAUGAGGUAUAUGGAGCUGUGGCACGAUGGCUUACUGUAUUAGGUAAGUUUUGUAUAAAACCUAUCAUAGCUACUGUAUACCGCCCCCCCAAACCUAACCCUGUUUUCCUCAGUGACUUUGCUAAUCUACUAACCCAUCUUUCAUCUCUCUCCCCAAAUGUGAUCUUGGUGGGAGAUUUCAACAUUCACAUGGACAAUAAUGACCUUCUGCUCAGCAGAGACUUUUCCUCCUGUCUCGAAGGCUCUCAAUUUAAACAAUUUAUCGACUUUUGCAAGUGCUGUUGUGUCGUCUUGACAAGAGAGGUCGUGUUUGCAUACUGUGUCAGGUCAUCUUUUUGCCCAGAUAUCCACACAGUCAGUAAAAAAAGUGCAGUUGUUGCUGUCUUUGCAACAAGAACGGAGAAUACUGUCAUUUUGUUUUAGGUGUACUUUUAAAAAUUCCUUCUUUUCUGUGGUUGACUUUAGUGUGGGAUUGUUUUACAGUGUGCUCAUGGAGGCUGUCUGAUGGAGCUGUGUAUCCAGCUGAGUAUCACCAUGUUGGGAAAGCAACUUAUCCAGAACAACCUUUUUGAGAUUGGAAUACCCAAACUGAAGAAACUGAUUCGAUACAUUCGGUCAAAGCAAGGAGCUUUUCAGGAAGAAGAGAGACAGAAGAAGUUGACGAGAUAUGAAACCGACCAUUUUCUGGAGCCAUUUGGUGGAUUAACUCCUGAAUAUAUGGAAAUGAUCAUCCAGUUUGGUUUUGUUACAUUGUUUGUGGCAUCCUUCCCGCUGGCUCCACUCUUUGCUCUGCUCAACAACAUCAUUGAAAUACGACUUGAUGCCAAGAAAUUUGUGACGGAGCUGCGAAGACCAGUGGCAGCAAGAGCUAAAGACAUCGGAAUAUGGUACAACAUACUGAGAGGGGUAGCAAAGGUUGCUGUCAUCAUUAAUGCAUUCGUUAUCUCCUUCACAUCAGACUUCAUCCCUCGGAUGGUUUACCAGUACAUGUACAGUCCUGAUGGCUCCAUGCAUGGAUUUGUCAACCAUACACUGUCUUAUUUUAAUGUCAGCCACUUCCAGGAUGGCAAAGAACCCAUGGAUCCAUCACACUUUGGCUACCCUGUUGUAAUAUGCAGGUAUAAAGACUACAGAGAACCACCUUGGUCAAACACACCAUAUGAGCUAUCCAAGGAAUUCUGGGCAGUGCUGGCUGUCCGUCUGGCUUUUGUUAUUGUUUUCCAGAACGUUGUGAUGCUCAUGAAUGACAUUGUUGACUGGCUAAUCCCAGACAUCCCAAAAGAUAUCAGCCUGCAGAUCCACAAGGAGAAGAUUUUAUUGGUAGAGCUGUUCAUGAAAGAAGAGCAGGGCAAGAGCUAUAUCAUUGACAGCAGCACUUCAACAGAUGGAAAGGAAAACUGCAGCAAACACAACAACAACAGCAAAGUGGCGCCCCCACGCUCCCGACGGCAUACCAGCAGCACCAAAAGCUUCUAACAGCCAUGCUAGCAGCUAUGGCUAGUAGCUAUUAGUUUAAUUGUUGUUAGCAUGUCGAAGCUUGCUAUUAGUUCUCUCUCAGGACAGACUAAAUUGUAUGUAAAUUGUAUGUUUUCUUAAUAUUCUUAACAUUCCAAUGACUGGGACAGCAGUUGGCCAAAGAGAUGUGAGAAAAUUAAAUCUGUGGCCAAAUAUGUUGCAUGUUUUUGUUGAGCUGUGAAACUCUGUCACUCCAUGUGUGCACCCUCAAAUGUAUUUAUGUGCUUAAGAAUGUCUGAUUGUGUACUCAAAUUAAUGACUUUGUAAAUCAAAAUGUAAAAGUGUAUUCAUUCUUACAUGCAUUACAGCUAAAAAUUUUUAUAUAAUCCUUUAAAUACUCACAAAUGUUAGAAUACGCACAAAAAUGAUGACAAAUUGUGUGCAUAAUUUUUUUUACCAGCAUACACAUUAGAAUCAGAAAAUGUGAAUUCAAAGAAAUCAAUAUAGAAACUUCAUUAAACUGUGACUAAUCAAAAUUUACAACCUGCUGUUAGAAAAUAAACAUUUUUAACUCGCUGUAUGGAACAAAAUUUAAAUCAGAAUUUUUUUUUUAUUAAAUUCUCCUUGAAUAACACAGGUCUGCAACCAAAAAACUGAAUAGGAUUUGUUUGACUGAAACUGGGAAAAAUAUUUUUAAAAUUCCAAAAACCUGGUAUCCUAUACUUGAGUCAAAAAACCAUAUCCAGUAACGUUUUCUAAAAGCAAGAGAAUAGAAAAUGUGAGGAAUUGAGAAGGGGGCGGAUACUGGGAGUUUGCGCUGUGAGGAGCUCAGAUGGUCCAUGUCCCAUUCUUCAAGACAUCCCAACAGAUCUAUUUUGUUCAGUGGUAAGGAAUCUCAGAAA